AUGUCUGGAGAUGUUCAACAUGGAAUGAAGGAGGAGCAGGAUGAGAAGGAAGAGUCUAUUCCUUCAACAUCCCCUGGGGGAGAAGCAGGCGACGUUAUGGUCAUCGACCAGAUGAAGAAGGACGUCGCGGUGGAAAUUGAAGAGCCUAUGAAGAAAAAGGGGGAAGAAAGUGCAAUGGAUGAAGCGCAAUGCUUUCCCUCGAUCAGCCUUGAAAGGAUGGGUCAACUCUUUGUCUGCCUUUGGGACUUCUUUGCCCAGGUGUUCAUUGAUGCAGACCUUGAGGCCAACUACGAAGAAUUCAUUGUUGAAGGCUGGAAUCUUCGAGUCUCCGUCGAGGAGAUGGUGGAAAAACAUCAAAUCAUUUCUCUCUCCCGAGAACUUGCCCAAGUCAACCUCACCCAGAUAUCCAGUCAAGGGGAUCAGGAUCACGGGCAUCAGUCAUUGCCGAAUGAUGGAUUCACAGAUGAAUUGGGGGUCCUGGGGGAGCUCUACAGUUGGUGUUGGGACUUCUUGACCACCUUAUUCUGGUCAAGCAAUCUCUUGACUAGUUACAACAUGCUCAUCAACGUCGGGCAUCAACUCCAAGGCCGACUCAGAGAAAUGGCUCCAACGAUAUCCAUCAAUGACAACCAGGAAAUACAGGAUUUCAUGCUUCUCAGAUAUGAUGUCGUCUUGAAUUCUGAGGAAUCAAAGAAAGCCGAAAAAACCCUGCAGCUAAUUUCAGAAUUCCUCUCUGCCAUCAUCAAAGAGAUCAAGGGUCAACUCAAUGGACAUUGGGAUAUUGAAGAGGAUCCUAAGCAGAAACUGGAACAGAUUCAUGAAAUAGGUCAAAGCUUCAGCCUUCAGGCGAUCGGGAUCGGUAUCGCAAGCACCCUGGUGGAUGUCAUGGAAGAGCUCGGGAAAGUGACUCUUCAACUUCACGAGAACAAUUUGGAAUCAGAGCUGCUGGAAACAGAGGCCGUGUAUGAUCUCCUAGAAUGCCAGCAGAAAGAGCAUCAGAAAGGCGAAAGGGAACUGGAUCAAGACGAUGAAGUGUACGAGGGCGUUGAAAGGAACAUCUCCAGAGACCAGCAAAACCUGCAGGAUCUGGAGGAGUAUGGUGAUGAGGGGCAAAAGGAAAAUGAGAACAGCGGUGAUGAGAGCAUCAAUGAGGUGCAGGUUCAAGUACCCUAA